AUGCAUUUUUGGUUUUACUUUGCACCGCAUUCGUGGAUCAUGGCGAUCAUGAAGCUCUUUCUUCUGGCGCUUGUUACAGCCCGUGGAGAGAGUGGCUCCAAUAGCCGCUUCUUGCCCAAGAAGGCUGAUAUGGCAAAGAACGAGAGCAACACAAGUGACAUCAGCCUCGUUGCAAUCAUUGAGGCUCUCAUGCAAGAAGGCAGUUCGAAGAUUGACAGCUUCAAUGGAACCAAAGCCGGCUGCCCCUCGAAUCCGAAACCUGGAUCGGUGUAUCAACCCUAUCUCCUUUGCUGCAAGGACUGCGGCGCCUUUUACCGCACCUGCAAGUCGCUCAACAAGCCGGAAUGUUCAUGCGCCUUCGAAGCAGGUCGUUGCGCGCUCUCGUGCUUUUUCACCGAUUACCAGGAUACCAAGGAAGUAUGCCAGAGGAAAUGCAAGGAGUAUGGGAGCUUUUGCACAGCGGCCAAGUUGAGUCGCUGUGAAGAAGCAAAGUUAUGGCUUUUGUCAAAGUGCCCUGCCUAG